AUGCGAUUUUCACUUAUAUUAAGAAGUUUAAAGAAUGUUACGGAAGAGAGGAUACCAAAACAAAAACCUUAUUGGUUAACAAAAUCAAAUUUAGAUAUUCCUGGUAAAUCUCGUGCUAUUGUUGAUGUUAUUCAAUCAUAUAAAGCUCGUGUUAAUGAACCGGGUUUUUUAAAAAGAACAAUUUUAAUGCGUAAUUAUCAAAAACGAAAUGAAUUUUCAGAAAAAGAUUUUUUUGAACAAGGACCCGAUGUUUAUGGAGCAUCUCGAACAAUAGAAUAUGAUGGUAGAUUUCGUAUGAGUGGUCGUCAAAAAUGGAUAACUAAAUUAGAAAAACCCAAGGGUACAUUAGCAUUGAAUUUAAAUUUUCAAUUAGAAGCUGUUGAUCUGUCACAAUCAGUUAUUAAUAUUGACGGAUUAGAUCAUUACGUUGGUUGUGCAAAUAUUAAAGCAAUGUAUUUGGCUAAGUGUCAUCAUGUCGAUGAUUGGUUUCUCUCUAGACUUGCUUAUGAAUUUCAAGAUCAAUUAUUAUUUCUUGAUAUAAGUGAAUGUCCAUUAGUUGGUGUUACGGGAAUACUUGCACUUAGUCGUCUGAAAUCAUUAAAAAAACUUCGUCUUUUCAAUCUGCCACCUUUCGAUGGUAAAGAAGCAGCAACGAUGAUCUUUGAAGAAAAUGUACCUGGAUGUUUAGUUGAAGGUGUUGAUUAUGAAAGUGCAGUAGUUGCAGGACUUCUAACAGCAGGUGAUACACAACAACAACAAGAUGAAGUAAAACUGAUCGAUGAAGAAAAGAGUGGCCAAGAACAUGUCGAUGAUAAUAGACAGCAGUCUAUUCGUCAGAACUAG